AUGGGAAGUAACAGCACCAACAGCACAAGAGCAAAGUGCACUGAUCUUCAAAUGCCAUUUCAGUACUCCCUGUAUGAAGCUACUUAUAUCCUUAUAUUCAUACCUGGUUUUCUGGCCAACACUGUGACCUUGUGGGUUCUGCGUCACUUCAUUAACAAGAAAAAUAAAGCCAUCUCUGUGGCUGAGCUUGCACAUGUGUUGUCCUUACCCUUCUGGAUUUACUAUUACAUCAGCCACCACUGGCCUUUCCAGGGACCCCUUGGCCUAGUGUGCUUCUAUCUGAAGUAUCUCAACAUAUAUGCCAACAUUUGCUUCCUGACAUGCAUCAGCCUUCAGAGGUGCUUCUCCCUCAAGAGCUUCAGAGCCGGAGACUGGAAGCGUAGGUAUGACGUGGGCAUCAGUGCUGCCAUCUGGGUCAUCAUGGGGACUGCUUGUUUACCAUUUCCCAUUCUGAGAAGCACUGGCUUAGGCAACAACACCGAAUACUGCUUUGCUGCCUUAGGUCUUCAGCACAUUAACAUGACUUCCUCCCUUGGCAUAGUGACUGUAGCUGAACUUGGAGGGUUUCUAUUACCCUUUAUAAUUAUUACUUAUUUCACAUGGAAAACAAGAAAAUCUUUACAGGAAUUCCAAGUUCCCCCUAGGAAUACCAAAGAGAGGAAAAAGGCUUUGAGGAUGGUCCUGAUGUGUGAAAUGGUGUUCCUUGUGUGUUUCACUCCUUACCAUCUCAACUUCCCAUUCUUUAUGAUGGUGAAGGAACAUGUCUUUUUGAACUGCUCUUUUAUUAAGAGCACUCUCUGUUUCUACAUUAUUUCCCUGUCUCUUGCAAAUCUGAAUUGUUGUCUUGAUCCAGUUGUAUAUUAUUUUAUGACCUCAAAAUUUCGUGAUCGAUUUUCAGAUCAUGGCAGCUUGGUUCUUCAGUCAUGUAUGAGAUGCAAUGACAGUACCUUAGAAAUUCAUCAGAGAAAGAAGGAUCUUCAAACUAUCUCUCUUGAUUGUUUCAAUGAUUCCAAGACAAUAUAA